CAUGGAUACUGAAACCAUGGUCAUGCCAUUGAUUCUGAUCAUGCUUUUCUUCCCAUUUUGCACUUCCGUUGACACCUUAACACCAGACCAAUCCAUCAAGGAUGGCCAGUCUUUGAUUUCCAACAAAAAUAAUUUCGCCUUAGGCUUCUUCAGUCCCGGCAAUUCUAGCUUCCGGUAUCUUGGUAUUUGGUUUGUCAAAGUGGCAAAACAAACUAUAGUGUGGGUGGCAAACAGGAAUGAUCCUAUUAUUGAUUCCUCAGGUGUUCUCUCCAUCAACCAGUAUGGAAACCUUGUCCUCCAUGACAGUUCUAACCGUCUUCUUUGGUCUACAAAUGUGUCUGUCCAGGGGACAACCUCCUCUGUUGCACAGCUUCAAGAUUCAGGAAAUCUGGUAUUGGUCCAAGGCAAUAACAAAAAGGCUAUAUGGCAAAGCUUUGAUCAUCCUACAGACACGCUGCUUCCAGGCAUGAGGCUUGGGUUGAAUCGGAUGACUGGGUUAGACAGGUUCUUGACAUCUUGGAAGUCACAAGAUGACCCCGGAACUGGGGACUCCUUCUAUAAGAUGAAUCCUACUGGCUCUCCACAAGUCGUCUUGUAUAAGGGUUCGACUUUAUAUUGGAGGUCAUGUCCAUGGCCGUGGCACACAUCAUCAGCAGCAGCAACAGCCUCAUCGGGUUAUAAGUACUAUUCUGUAAACAACGAAGAUGAGGUAUCUUACGGCUACUUUUUCGAUGACCCCUCCAUCAUUUCUAGACUAGUGGUUUACAACUCAGGAUUGCUCCAGAACCUUAUGUGGAAUGAUGGUGAUCUUCAAUGGAAGGAAUUCUGGUCAGCACCUAAAUACCGUUGUGACAACUAUAGACACUGUGGCGCAUACGGUAAAUGUGGUCCCGAGUCUGCUGACAGUUUUAAUAAGUUUGAGUGUACGUGUUUGCCAGGGUAUGAACCCAAGUCUCCGAAGAAUUGGUAUCACAGAGAUGGUUCUGAGGGGUGUGUGAGGAAGCAGUCGGGGUUGUCGAUGUGUGGGAAUGGAGAAGGGUUUGUGAAGGUGCAGCUUUUGAAGGGUCCUGAUUCAUUUAAUGCAGUUAGGAUGGACAUGAGUAUGAGUAGCUCAGAGUGCGAGCAGGCAUGCUUGAGAAAUUGCUCUUGCACCGCUUUUGUAAGCAUGAAUGAUAUUGAUAGGAAGGGGACCAGUUGUUUGGCAUGGUAUGGUGAAUUGAUUGACGUUUCGGAGAAUUCAUAUGAAAGGUGGGAUCUAAAUGUACGUGUAGAUGCAACUGAGUUAGCUACUUACACAAGGAAGUCCAACGGUUUUCUUGGCCACAAGAGGAAGCUGGCUAUUACAAUAAUUUUUGUUAUGGUGACAUUGUUUCUGGUAUGCUUGAUAGCCUAUAUAUGCCUAAUGAAGAAGAGGAAAACAAAAGGCUAUUUGGAGGGAAAUGAGCUAGAGGAGAGUAGUAGACAUCCAGAUUUAUUGAUCUUUGAUCUAGGCUGCAUAGUUGCUGCCACUGACCAUUUCUCUCCGAUCAACAAACUAGGGCAAGGUGGCUUUGGUUCUGUUUUUAAGGGUCAAUUAUCUAAUGGACAACAAGUAGCUAUUAAAAGGCUAUCCAACAGUUCAGCACAAGGAAUAGAGGAAUUCAAAAAUGAAGUUUUGUUGAUUGCAAAACUUCAGCAUAGGAAUCUUGUCAAGCUUUUUGGCUGUUGCAUUCAGGGGGAAGAAAAGAUGUUGAUUUAUGAGUACAUGCCCAACAAAAGCCUGGACUUCUUCAUUUUUGAUCAUACAAGAAGUUCAUUGCUUAAUUGGGGGAAACGCUUUGAAAUCAUCAUUGGGAUUGCUCGUGGGAUUUUGUAUCUUCAUCAAGACUCAAGAUUAAAAAUCAUACAUAGGGAUCUUAAAACUAGUAAUGUUCUCUUAGAUGGUGAGAUGAAUCCUAAAAUUUCGGAUUUUGGGAUAGCUCGUAUAUUCAAUGGGGACCAAAUUCAAGACACGACAACUAGAGUUGUCGGAACAUAUGGUUAUAUGUCACCAGAGUAUGCAAUAUUUGGGAAAUUUUCAACAAAAUCAGAUGUCUUUAGUUUUGGUGUCAUAUUGUUGGAGAUCGUUAGUGGCAAGAAGAAUAAUAGUUCUUAUCGAAGGCACGAUUCCCUAACUUUGAUAGGGCAUGUUUGGGAACUAUGGAGAGAAGAUAGAGUCUUGGAUAUAGUUGAUUCAUCAAUAAAUGACUCAUUUGUUUCCCAUGAAGUCUUGAGAUGCAUUCAAAUUGGGCUCUUAUGUGUGCAAGAAGAUGCAAUGGAUCGACCAACAAUGUUGGCAGUUCUUCUCAUGCUAAGUUGUGAAACAACUCUUCCUUCUCCAAAACAACCUGCUUUUAUUUUUAGAAGACCUACCAAUAGUUUGGGAUCAAUAACAGGUGAGCGGUUUUAUUCUAUAAAUGAUGUGACAAUCACCGAAUUCGAAGCUCGCUAAAGGUAAAGAUUCUAGUUAGCUGCAUCUAAAAUGCUUCUAUAAGGAUUUCUAGGACAAAUUAAAAUUUUGCUCUUUUUGUAUUUAUGAAAAAAAAAUGUA